AUGUACAAAGCCGAGAAUAGAAGCAAUAUAGAUGAAACAAAAAAAAGUACGCAUGAAUAUGUAAAUAAUGUAAAAGAUGUUGAUGAAAAUCCGAAAAGUGAAAAUAUUGAAAUAGAUGUUGAGGAUAUGGAUUUAACAAUGCAAGUAGGCGUUAAAGACAAUGUUAACGAAGUUAAUGAAAUGUGCGAGGCUGAGGGUAUAAACGAUACAGCAGUGACGAAUGAGAACAUAUGUGAAUUUACGAAUUAUAACAAAAAUACUAGUGAAGAUAAUGAACUGAAUGAGGCUGUAAAUCAGAUACUAGCAAUUGAUAUAUGUAGUAAAGGUCGCGCAGAAUACAAGAUAGGCGAAGAGGUAGCAUAUAAAGAUCGAAUACGUUUUGAAGAAAUGUUUGAUAGGAUAUAUAUCAAAUCGGAAAGACUGGACAGACCGAGAGUAAGAAAAGAAUUGCGGUUGGUUUUAGAAAGUGAUAAGCCAUUCAGUUGUGCACCUAGAAGGUUGUCGUAUAGUGAGAAACAGGAGCUACAGAAAAUUAUUGACGAGUAUUUGACAAAAGGGUACAUACGACCCAGCGAAUCAGAGUAUGUCUCACCGAUAGUGCUGGUAAAAAAAAAAACGGGCGAGUUACGGAUGUGUGUUGAUUACAGGAAGCUUAAUAAGGUUACAGCGAAGGAUAAUUAUCCCAUACCGCUCAUAGACGACUUAUUGGACAGAUUAGCAAACAAGAUGAUAUUUACUAAAUUGGAUCUUAAGAAUGGUUUUUUUCAUGUAUAUGACAAUAUGAGUUCUUAA